AUGCUUCCGACUCAGCCGCAUUACAAGGAGCACGGCGGGAAGCGAGGAGAUGACAAGAGACGGGAACCAGGAGAUGAACUGUUGAUUCAAGCUCCGGGGCGGCCCACGUGGCCGGGAUGCCACUGCGUGCCGUGCCAGUCGGCCGUGGACGCUGAGGUCCAGGAGGAGGGGGCCGAGUGCAGGAGGCUGAGGGGGGGCAGCCCGCACCAGGCCGGGGACAUGAACCUCUGCUGGAACGAGAUCAAACGCAAGUCGCACAGCAUCCGGGUGCGAAUCGAAGCCAUCUCCGACAAUAGCGGAAAGCUUCAGCUCUCCCUCCAGGAGAUAAUCGAAUGGCUGACAGCGAAGGACGAGGAGCUGUCAGAGCAAAUGCCCAUUGGAGGCGACGUGGGCGCCGUGCAGCACCAGAGGGAGUGCCACCAGGCUUUCAUGGAAGAUGUCAAGUCUCGAGGGCCAUUCAUCUACUCAGUGUUGGAGUCUGCCCAGUCAUUCCUGGCUCAGCAUCCCUUCCAGGAACCAGAGGAGACACUGGCAGAAGGAAAAGAGGUGUCACCCCGUCGGCGGAUUCUGAACGUUAGCCGUUCCGUUUGGAAGCAGGCCAAUGUGACGAGCGACCUGUGGGAGAAGCUGACGGCGCGUUGUGUGGAUAGACACAGACACAUGGAAAGGACUUUGGAGCGUCUCCUCCAGAUCCAGGCGGUGAUGGAGGAGCUAGCGGUGGCUCUGGAGCAGGCGGAGGGAGUGAGGGAUGCCUGGGAGCCUGUAGGUGACCUCUUCAUCGAUGCCCUGCAGGACCACAUUGAUGCCACCAAGCUCUUCAAGCAGGAACUAAUGCAAGUGAAGGAAGGAAUGAAGCACAUCAACGACCUGGCACACCAGCUGGCCAUUUCCGACGUCCAUUUGUCCAUGGAAAACGCUCGCGCUCUGGAGCACCUCAAUAACAGAUGGAAAUUGCUUCAGAAUUCUAUUGAGGAGAGGUUAAAGCAGCUUCAGGACGCACACCGAGAUUUUGGUCCUGGAUCGCAGCACUUCCUGUCAAGUUCAGUGCAGAUACCAUGGGAGCGUGCCAUCUCCCCUAACAAAGUGCCAUAUUAUAUCAACCAUCAGGCACAGACCACAUGCUGGGACCACCCAAAGAUGACUGAACUGUACCAAGCGCUUUCGGAAUUGAACAACAUCAAAUUCUCGGCGUACAGAACGGCCAUGAAGCUGCGGCGGGUUCAGAAGGCUCUGAGACUGGAUUUAGUCGCGCUGAGCAACCUUUCUGAGGUGUUCCGGGAACAGGAGCUACAACAAGCGGAGCACGUUUUGGAUGUAGUGGACGUCAUCCACGGCCUGACAGCACUCUACGAGAGGCUAGAGGAGGAGAGGACUGUCCUAGUCAACAUUCCGCUCUGUGUGGACAUGUGUCUCAACUGGCUACUAAACGUCUAUGACAGCGCUCGCAAUGGCAAGAUGCGCGUGCUGAGCUUCAAGAUGGGCCUGGUGAGCUUGUGCAACGCCGAUGUCCAGGAGAAAUACAAAUACUUAUUCCGUCAAGUGUCCGGCACGGGAUCUUUGACGGACCAACGUCACCUCAGCCUGCUGCUCCACGAGGCCAUCCAAAUCCCCCGCCAAUUGGGCGAAGUUGCCGCUUUCGGGGGUAGCAACGUGGAGCCCAGCGUCCGAAGCUGCUUCCGCAUGGCCUCAGGAAAACCUGCCAUUGAGGUAUCUCACUUCCUAGAAUGGAUGAGUUUGGAGCCUCAGUCCAUGGUUUGGCUUCCUGUUCUCCACCGGGUGACUGCGGCCGAGUCCACCAAGCACCAGGCCAAAUGUUAUAUCUGCAAACAAUGUCCCAUCAAGGGCUUCAGGUAUCGCAGUUUAAAGCAGUUCAACGUGGACAUCUGCCAGACAUGUUUUCUAACCGGACGCACCACCAAGGGCAAGAAGCUACACUACCCCAUCAUGGAGUACUACACCCCAACGACUUCAGGGGAGAAGAUGAGGGACUUCGCCAAGACUCUGAAGAACAAGUUCAGAUCAAAGCAGUACUUCACCAAGCACCCUCAGAGAGGUUACCUGCCCGUUCAAUCUGUGCUGGAGGCUGACAGCUCGGAGACGCCGUGCUCGUCCCCUAAGCUGCCCCAUGCAGACACGCACAGCAGGAUUGAGCAUUAUGCCAGCAGAUUGGCGGAGAUGGAGAACCAGAAUUGUUCCUUCUUCACGGACAGCCUUUCUCCUGAUGAAAGUCUAGAUGAAGAUCAGUACCUCCUGCGUCACCCUAGCCCAGCCCUGGAGCAUGACUCCCCCUGCGGCCAGCACAUGUUGUUGGCCCACCUGGAGCACCAGGACAAGGAGCAGCUCCAGUGCACCCUUGCCCGCCUGGAGAAUGAAAACAGGGUGCUCCAGAGCGAGUACCGGCGCCUCAAAUGGAAACAUGAGGAAGCGGCAUCGCUCCCAAUGCUGACCGAGGCGGGUGAGAGCGGGCCGGGGUCACCGCUCGCCGGGGGACCACAGGACGAGGAGCUGCUGGCCGAGGCGCGCGUCCUGCGGCAGCACAAGACGCGGCUGGAGACACGUAUGCAGAUAUUGGAGGACCACAACAAGCAGUUGGAGUCACAGCUACGAAGGCUAAGAGAGCUUUUGCUUCAGCCCAAAGAAGAUUCCGAGGCCAACGGAUCAGAACCCUCAACAUUGUCCUCUCCUGUGUCUGGAGGGGGGCAUCACGGCGGUGCGGUCAGCAGGGACACCACAGACACGGAAGCAGCAGGCGAUGACACGGAGCACGAGCAGGACACGGUGCUUCAGCUGCAGGAGGUCAUCGAGCAGCUGAGAAACGUCUUCCCGUCUGAACCAGGCACGACGUCUCAUAUCUAA